GGGUUCACUUGUAUGCACAUUAGCCAGAUAGCAAACACAAGUGUAUUCAAAUCAGUUACGUACCCGACCUCCAAUCCGGUCACUCGAACAUCUCCUCAUCACUCAGGACAUCAUGUUUUUGGGACGCAACCAUCAUAAAUUAGCGACCAUGUCUAAUAGUAUUAGAAUAUGUAGAUGCUUAAAAACAAAUCCCUCCACUAUUCGACAUUAUGGUAUUAGAAGAUCCUAUAGUCAACUUUCUCACAUGCAGUUGGACCUGAAACGCGCGUUGCAGUCAACCGAUUCACAGUCGGUUAACGGAUCUUCGUUUGUAGACAGAACGCAAUUGAAAUAUGCACGGCGACUGGUAAUAAAAUUGGGCAGUGCCGUAAUCACGAGAGCAGACGAACAUGGUAUUGCCCUUGGUCGAUUAGCGUCGAUUGUUGAACAAGUAGCUGAAUGCCACCUGGAGGGUCGUGAAUGUAUCAUGGUCACCAGUGGAGCGGUAGCAUUUGGAAAACAAAAACUUACCCAGGAAUUAUUAAUGUCACUGAGUAUGAGAGAGACGUUAUCGCCCAACGAUCAUGCCAGGAAAGAUGUUAGGACAUUGUUAGAAGCCAGAGCAGCGGCAGCUGUUGGUCAAUCCGGCCUCAUGUCUCUAUACGAUGCCAUGUUUUCGCAAUACGGAGUGAAGAUCGCUCAGGUCUUGGUAACUAAGCCCGAUUUUUACAACGACGAGACAAGAAAAAAUCUCGUCAGUACGUUGUCAGAACUCAUAAGUAUGAAUAUCGUGCCAAUCAUCAAUACAAACGACGCAGUAACACCACCACCACAGGACGACAAGCUCAUCAAAUCAAAAGGAAAAAAGGUGAUCAGCAUUAAGGACAAUGAUAGUUUGGCUGCUAUGUUAGCCGCCGAAGUCAGAGCAGACCUACUUGUGUUGAUGUCAGACGUUGACGGCAUCUACACGCUUCCGCCGAAACAAGAAGGAGCCAAAAUGAUUUGGACUUACAACAGCGAUAUGGUGGACAUCGUGCAAUUCGGCAAAAAGUCAACCGUUGGUACCGGGGGCAUGGAUUCCAAAGUUCAAGCUGCUACAUGGGCACUAAACAGAGGUGUGUCCGUAGUCAUCUGCAAUGGUAUGCAAGAAAAAGCAAUCAAGUUCAUAAUGGCUGGAAGGAAAAUCGGUACCUUCUUCACUAACGCACCAACUGCCAACACCGCUUCGGUGGAAACAUUAGCUGAUAACGCUCGUCAUGGGAGCCGAGUGUUGCAGAAGCUACCGGCCGAAGACCGAGCAAACGCAAUAAAUGCAUUAGCCGAUUUGUUGAUAAGCAAACAAGCGGACAUUUUGGAAGCAAAUGAAAAAGAUAUAGCUCAAGCCAUUAAGGAAGAAACAGCGGCUCCUCUGAUCAGUCGAUUAUCUUUGACACCGUCCAAACUGAAGAGUUUAGCCACAGGUCUUAGACAAAUCGCCGAGACCAGUCUCACAAAUGUUGGCAAAGUGCUGAGGAGAACGAAGAUUGCUGAAGGUUUAGAUUUAGCUCAGGUCACAGUUCCUAUCGGUGUUCUUCUUGUGAUUUUUGAAUCACGACCCGAUUGCUUACCUCAGGUGGCUGCGUUGGCGUUGAGCUCAGCGAACGGACUUUUAUUAAAAGGAGGCAAAGAAGCAUCGCACAGCAACAAAGCGCUCAUGGAUGUAGUCAAACAAGCAUUAGGCACGGUUGGCGCUCAAGAUGCCAUAUCUUUAAUUUCGACUCGAGAACAAAUUAGUGAUCUGCUAUCCAUGGAAAACCAAAUAGAUCUUAUCAUCCCACGUGGAUCUAGCGAGUUGGUUCGAAGCAUUCAAGAUCAAAGUGCUCACAUACCUGUGCUCGGGCAUGCCGAAGGAAUUUGCCACGUAUACGUUGAUAAGGACGCCAACCUGGAUAAAGCUCUAACGAUAAUCCGGGAUUCCAAGUGCGAUUAUCCAGCCGCAUGCAAUGCUAUGGAAACUCUACUAGUCCACGAGGACUUGUUCCACCAACCAUUCUUCAACGAAGUUUGUGAUAUGUUGAAGAGGGAAAAUGUGCAACUAUUUUCCGGUCCAAGACUGUCGAAACGGCUAACUUUCGGUCCACCCAGGGCCAAGUCACUGAAACACGAAUACGGCGAGUUGGCUUGCGCUAUUGAGUUAGUUGCUGACCUGGAUUCCGCUGUUAAUCACAUACAUACGUAUGGAAGCGGCCACACAGAAGUUAUCAUCACUGAAAACCCUGAUGCCGCUUCAAAAUUCCAAAGAGAUGUCGACAGUGCCUGUGUGUUCCACAACGCGAGUUCAAGAUUCGCUGAUGGGUUUAGAUUUGGUUUAGGCGCUGAAGUUGGCAUUAGCACAGGCAGGAUACAUGCUCGUGGUCCCGUUGGUGUUGAAGGACUUCUGACCACUAAAUGGAUAUUGAAAGGCGAUGGACACGCAGCGUCCCAAUUCGCCGAAGGUGGCGAUAGGACCUACUUGCAUGAGCAUUUGCCCAUCGAUAAAUAACCACUAUCAGGGUCAUCGAUAACCAGUCUGACAAUGAAAUUUCGUCGGCUGUUUCGUGUUCUAAUCACGAAGGUGUUUUUCAGCACUAAAACCUAACGAUAACAAAUUACUAUUUCAGGAUAUACCUACAUCGAUAUGUUUAUCAUAUUAAAAUGUUAAAAUUUUAUUAUUUCAAACAGAGAUAUCAGUCAUUAUUUAUGGUUUUUAAAAUGAUGUAUAUUAUACAUUGUAUAUAAUACGUAUUAGUAUACAGCUGUUUUGAUUUUGAGGUAUUUUAUUAUGUUGACCAUUUUGUUAUGAACUAAUAUCUAAAUUGUUUUAUUAUUAAAUUAUUACAAAUUUUAUGAAAAA